AUGCAGUCGACUAACCAUCGGGAGUGUUAUUCUGGAGACAACGAAAGAAAGAGAAAAGAAGAGAGUCCAACAACGACAAUAGAAGAUAUAGAAGAACGAAAAGAUGAGAUAAUUGACUCAACGACACCUUUCGAAGCUGUUAAGAAUAAAAAACGCGUCCAUUAUCCUCAAAUAAACGCAGAACAAUCAGCGAAAGAUAGUGAGAAAACGGAUAGCCUUCAGCAAAAGCACGAGCUAUCACCAUCAGCCGAUCUGUAUCCGAAAAUCAAUAACGGCACUACUGAGCAGUCUACAUCCGGUGAUCAUGUGAUUUCAAUUGGAGCCGAACGUUGUUGUGAUUGCUGUUCACUUCCAAAACCAUUACAUCGACGUUUAACUCAAGCACUAACUCCAUGGAAAGAAUUCAUUCAAUAUCAAUCAGGAUGGAGUUGGGUGAUAUUAGUCGCUUCUUUCCUCACAUAUUCGAUCGGCGAAGCAUUAACGUCUGUUUUUCCGAUUUUAUUCGUGGCUUUGCAACAGAAAUUUCCCGAUCAAAGCUUAUCACACAUUGCUCUCGUACAAUCGAUGAUGAAUUCGGUCCCUUGUUUAUCCGGGCCGAUCGCAUCGAUAACGACAACAAGAUUCGGUUAUCGGAAAACAGCAAUGCUUGGCGGACUAAUAACAUCUUUAUCAUUAUUAGCAACUUCAUUUGCUAAUCGUCUUCAAAUACUCUAUAUAACAAUGGGUAUAUGUUAUGCAUUUGGAAAUUCUUUAGUUCUGGUUUCAACUGUUGUUGCCGUCACAGAACACUUCGAAGCAAAGCCGUCAUUCGCAUCUGGUGUUACCAUAAGUGGUGGAGCAUUUGGUCAGUGUGUGUUUUCUAUCGUGUUACAAAAGCUAAUUAAUAAAUACGGAUGGCAAGGUGCAAUGUUGUUGUUUUCUGGUAUCGUUUUAUCGAUUGUUGCAUUUGGUGCUCUAUUUCGUGAAGUUGAAUGGGAUGAAGAAGACUACGAUGAAGAAGAAGAAGAGGAAGAAGAAGGAGGAGAAGAAGAUGAAGAAGAAGAAGUAGCAGCAGCAGCCACCGCCGCAACGAUCAUGGGCGCAGUGGAAAAUGGCAACGAAGCAGCAACUGUAAUACCUAUUCCAUCUGAACAAAUAGGGACAACUACGGAAACCACGAAUGUCGCCGUGACUAAUAAACAACCCGAAGAUGCGACAGCUCCUGUGUCAUCUAGCACACCUCCACCUACACAUAAACCAUCAAUAACCGAUGAUAUCGUCUUCUUUGAUCAAUUCACUAAACAAGAAUUACUUGACCAAUAUUCGAAAUCAGAAAUAUGUUUGCCAUUGGCUAUACGAGAACAGUUAGAACGAGAAAGUCGUCAAUAUCGAAUGGAUCUGGAAAAAGAACAUGAUGAACGAGAUUUUCCCGAACAAAAAUUAUCUUCAUCGACCACCCAAAUUGAACAAACCGAUGAAAUCGAUCGUGCCGCCGAAGUGCCACUCAUCGGCGAACGAUCCAACAGUUGCAAAUCAGAACAGAAACCAACCGUACAGAACUAA